GAAGUUUAAUCAUUGAACUGAGCAGCCUGGAAGUAUUUAAUCUGCAGCACCAGUUUUCCCAGAGGCCUCCAGCCUGAGCUGGAAGUGGGCAGCACUCGGAGACGUGGGAGUAACCACUGCACAGCAAUCUCUGCCCAUCUCAGGAGAAACCAAACAGGAAAAAAUGUUUGCAGUACACUUGAUGGCAUUUUAUUUCACCAAGCUGAAGGAGGAUCAGAUCAAGAAGGUGGACAGGUUCCUGUAUCACAUGCGGCUCUCCGAUGAGACCCUUUUGGACAUCAUGGCUCGGUUCCAGGCUGAAAUGCAGAAGGGCCUGGGGAAGGACACCAACCCCACAGCCUCAGUGAAGAUGCUGCCCACCUUUGUCAGAGCUAUCCCAGAUGGCUCAGAAAAUGGGGAGUUUCUGUCCUUGGAUCUUGGAGGAUCCAAGUUUCGAGUCUUGAAGGUACAAGUCUCUGAAGAGGGGAAACGAAACGUCCAGAUGGAGAGUCAUUUCUACCCAACACCCAAUGAAAUUAUCCGAGGGAACGGCUCAGAGCUGUUUGAAUACGUAGCUGACUGUCUGGCAGAUUUCAUGAAGACCAAAGAGUUGAUGCAUAAGAAAUUGCCCCUUGGCUUCACCUUUUCUUUUCCCUGCAGGCAGACUAAAUUGGAAGAGGGGGUACUGCUUUCAUGGACGAAGAAAUUUAAAGCACGGGGAGUUCAGGACACAGAUGUAGUGAAAUGUCUGACCAAAGCUAUGAAAAAGCACCAGCAGGACAUAGACGUGGACAUCCUGGCCCUGGUCAAUGACACGGUGGGCACCAUGAUGACGUGCGCCUAUGACGACCCCUGCUGCGAAGUUGGUGUCAUCAUUGGCACUGGCACCAAUGCGUGUUACAUGGAGGACAUGAGCAACAUUGACCUGGUGGAGGGCGACGAGGGGAGGAUGAGCAUCAACACGGAGUGGGGGGCCUUUGGGGACGACGGGGCCCUGGAAGACAUCCGCACCGAGUUUGACCGGGAACUGGACCUUGGCUCUCUCAACCCAGGCAGGCAACUGUUUGAGAAGAUGAUCAGUGGCCUAUACCUGGGUGAACUCGUCAGGCUCAUCUUGCUGAAGAUGGCCAAGACAGGCCUCCUGUUUGGUGGCAAGAAAUCCUCUGCUCUCCACACUAAGGGCAAGAUUGAAACACGGCAUGUGGCUGCCAUGGAGAAGUAUAAAGAAGGCCUUGCCAAUACAAGAGAGAUCCUCACGGAUCUGGGCCUGGAGCCUUCAGAGGCUGACUGCAUCGCCGUCCAGCACGUCUGCACCAUCGUCUCCUUCCGCUCAGCCAAUCUCUGUGCAGCAGCCCUGGCUGCCAUCCUGACACGCCUCCGGGAGAACAAGAAGCUGGUGCGCCUCCGGACCACAGUGGGCAUGGAUGGCACACUCUACAAGACCCACCCUCAAUACCCAAAACGCCUGCACAAGGUGGUGAGGAGACUGGUCCCGAACUGCGAUGUCCGCUUCCUCCUGUCGGCCAGCGGGAGCACCAAGGGGGCCGCCAUGGUGACUGCGGUGGCCUCCCGCCUGCAGGCCCAGCGGAAGCAGAUCGACAAGGUGCUGGCUCUGUUCCGGCUGACCCAGGAGCAACUUGUGGGCGUGCAGGGCAAGAUGCGGGCCGAGCUUGAGUUCGGGCUGAAGAGGGACACCAACCCGCUGGCCACAGUCAAGAUGCUGCCUACCUAUGUCUGCGGGAUGCCAGAUGGCACAGAGAAAGGCAAGUUCCUUGCCCUGGAUCUGGGAGGAACAAACUUCCGGGUCCUCCUUGUGAAGAUCAGAAGUGGACGGCGGUCAGUGCGAAUGUACAACAAGAUCUUUGCCAUCCCCCUGGAGAUCAUGCAGGGCACUGGCGAGGAGCUGUUUGACCACAUCGUGCAGUGCAUUGCUGACUUCCUGGACUACAUGGGCCUCAAGGGAGCCCAGCUGCCUCUGGGCUUCACAUUCUCAUUUCCCUGCAGGCAGAUGAGCAUUGAUAAGGGAACACUCAUUGGGUGGACCAAAGGUUUUAAGGCCACUGACUGUGAAGGGGAAGAUGUAGUAGACAUGCUCAGGGAAGCCAUCAAGAGGAGAAAUGAGUUUGACUUGGACAUAGUUGCAGUCGUGAACGACACAGUGGGGACCAUGAUGACCUGCGGCUAUGAAGAUCCUAAUUGCGAGAUUGGCCUGAUUGCAGGUACAGGCAGCAACAUGUGCUACAUGGAGGAGAUGAGGAACAUUGAACUGGUGGAAGGAGAUGAAGGGAAGAUGUGCAUUAAUACAGAGUGGGGAGGAUUUGGAGAUAAUGGCUGCAUAGAUGACAUCCGGACCCAGUACGACAAGGAGGUGGAUGAGGGGUCCCUGAAUCCUGGCAAACAGAGAUACGAGAAAAUGACCAGUGGGAUGUACCUGGGGGAGAUUGUGCGGCAGAUCCUGAUUGACCUGACCAGGCGGGGUCUCCUCUUCCGUGGGCAGAUUUCAGAGCGCCUUCGGACCAGAGGCAUCUUUGAAACAAAGUUCCUGUCCCAGAUUGAAAGCGAUCGGCUGGCCCUUCUCCAGGUCAGGAGGAUCCUGCAGGAGCUCGGCCUGGACAGCACAUGUGAGGACAGCGUCGUGGUGAAGGAGGUGUGUGGAGCCGUGUCCCGGCGGGCAGCCCAGCUCUGUGGCGCUGGUCUGGCUGCCAUUGUGGAGAAGCGGAGAGAAGACCAGGGGUUUGGGCACCUGAGGAUCACUGUGGGUGUGGACGGUACCCUGUACAAGCUGCAUCCACACUUUUCUCGGGUGUUGCAGGAAACUGUGAAAGAACUGGCUCCUCGAUGUGAUGUGAUGUUCAUGCUAUCAGAAGAUGGGAGUGGAAAGGGAGCAGCUCUGAUCACUGCUGUGGCCAAGAGGUUACAGCCGACAUGGAAGGAGAACUAGGACCUCCUCAGGGUUGGGCCUGAUGUGCCUCGGAUACUGACCAGCCUUUCCUCUGGCAGAUGAGUUGGUCAGGGACCACCAGGCAAGCUUCAGGCUGACUUCACCUUCUGGAUGGUCAAAAGAGAACCCCAGGUUCUCGGGUACUCAGCAUUUUGUUAAUGGUUUUCAUGGGCAUUAAAUACAUUAAAUGACAUCUCUAUUUGGCAUAUUUGGGCCAAUGCUGGGCCAACUUGUAAAACCAAAGCGUUGGGCUCAAGAGAUCCCCUUUCAGCAGCAUUCAGUAGAUGUCUGAGUUGUUAGUUCUCUUUGGCUUUGGGUCCUGUGGCUCUUGGAGACAUAUCCAGUCUGCCCGUGUGGCCUGGCUGACUGAGUUCCCCACUGGGCUGCUCCAGCCAUUGCUUGCAGUAGAUUAGUCACUCUUGUGGAUGCAUCUUUGAGAGGCACAGGGACUUGUGUAAUAAACUGG